AAUAUAGUUCAAUAUUCCCUAGGCCCAAAAGAACAUAAAUAAACAACUACUGGAGACUGAUCCCUUAAAACAGCGCACUGAGUGCUGAGAACGUUACCUCAUUCAAAAGCAGCAACAGCAGAUUAUUCUUCUUUGUUUCUGUUCUUCUUCAUCAGCCGAUUCAGCUUUGUCCAUGGCCACCGAACCAAAAGCAGCCGCCGAUGACGUCAAGAUCGAUCUCUUCGAAGACGACGACGAGUUCGAAGAGUUCGAAAUCAAUGAAGAGUGGGAUGACAAGGAAGAAGGGAAGGAAGUGACUCAACAGUGGGAGGAUGAUUGGGAUGAUGAUGAUGUUAGUGAUGAUUUUUCUCUCCAGUUGAGAAGGGAGUUGGAGAGCAACACCGAGAAGAACUAAACCACCUGCUAGUUAUUAUUGCUUGAUAUGACAUGCGCUAUGUCUUGGGUUGGGUGUUUGAGCUCUUGGAAGGAGAUGAAAACUAUGCCUUGUUUGGAAAGAAAUGUAAGAACAUAGAGACAUGAUUUUUCUGUACCUUCUUGAAUAUAUAUGCUUUUAAAGUUAUUGAGUGCUUGUAUUGUUCUUAUUUUCA